UUGAACGGUGGUGAGAGAAUUACCAGGGCAGGGCUGUGGGAGCUUCUUCACUUCACUUCACUUCAAUGGCGGCAAUAUCAUCUUCUCUUCAAUGCUUAUCCUCUUGCGAUUCUCAUUAUCCUCAUCAUCAUCAUCAACGCGCGCAGAGUGAAUCGCGUUGGAGAUUGAGUUCUAGGGAUUUAGUAUCUUCGAUGAUGUGGAAGGUAUCUCCGUUUCCUGGAGUGGAUUUGAAGCCAAGCAGGAGACAUUUGAUGUGUGCAGCGGUCAAGGGAGGAGCUGCAGAAGGAGCUUUUAAGAAGACUGUUGAACUCGAUCGAAUGAUUGAUGCUCUUAAAGACGCUAACCCUAGAGAACUUGAAAAGCUAGUUGUUGAAAACAUCCUUGCUUUUGAUGAAGUUUUUUGGAUUAGACUAGCUGCCAGGUCGGAUACUUGCAAAUCAGAUGAUGACAAGAAGGACUAUGAGGAGUUAGCUGCAACUGUGAUGACCAUUGUUGACUGCGUUGUCAAUAAGACUCGGGAGAAGAUAGAGUCGUCUACUGAUGUUCUGAAAGGGAUAUUAAGACCCGUUGUGGAAGGAGUUGAAGAAAUUACAUGGCCUCCCAGAGAUCCUGAUGCCAUCAAUCAAAUGGAAAAGGAAAUUAUACAACGGGAAAAAGAAGGACAAUUAGACGAAGGGUUUCUUUCAGAAGUUAGUGCCCAGCUACGGCAGGCAAAAGAAGAUAAAGACAAACCCGGGCUUGCGGCUAUGCUGCAAAAAGUUCUACAGCUCUAUGCUGCUACCAUUCUUUCCAAGCGUAGCUACGCUAAGAAAGGGAACGAAGUCGUAAAGGCAGAGCAUUUGCUGGAAACUCUGAUCAAAGCUCCUGAGGAACAAUGGAACAAGCUAUUCUUAGAAGGGUUAACACUCGGGAAAGGAGACGUGACGCCUGAUGAGCUAUCUGCUGUUAUCAAGAAACGAAUUGAGCGCACUCUAAUUCGAACUGAAGGAGGUUCAUACCAGCAGCGAAUCUUGAUUGAGUAUCUCAAAGGGAUCGAGUCCAGAGCAAAUGAAAUUAUUAAAUUACUAAAGGGUUAAAUCUACAACAAUAUAUAUAUAUAUAUAUAUAUAUAUAUAUAUAUAUAUAUAUAUAUAUAUAUAUAUAUAUCAAUUCAUUAUAAAUUAUUUUUGUAAUGUUGGCUCUUUCUGUUGGCAAAGUUUGUGGCUUCUAGUUUCAGUGACAAUGGAUGAUAAUUACAGCGUCGUCCUGCUUUACCAAUGAGUGAUGGAACACUCUAUCUAUAUAAGUGUGAGCUUAAUGAGUAAGUUUUUGGAUCAGGGCUUGAAAUCAGAUAGUGAGCUAAUA